AUGUCUGACGAUAAGAGUACUACGAAGCCUGUUGAAGAAAAGAAGCCAGAGACUGAAUCUGGUCCUAAGCCACCAACUUCUGCCGUUUUCUCUAUGUUCGGUGGUAAGAAAGAAAACAAACCAAGUGGUGAAGAAGAAUCGAAGAAAGAGGAGAACGAAGAAAAGAAGCCUAAGGAAGAUGACGAUGAAUCUCCAGAAUCUCCAGAUGUCCAUUUCGAACCAAUUGUUCAUCUAGAGAAAGUUGAUGUGAAAACUUUGGAAGAAGACGAAGAAGUUCUUUACAAGGUUAGAGCUAAGUUAUUUAGAUUUGAUGGUGAAGCUAAAGAAUGGAAAGAAAGAGGUACCGGUGACUGUAAAUUUUUGAAGAACAAGAGCACUGGUAAAGUUAGAAUUUUGAUGAGAAGAGAUAAAACAUUAAAGGUUUGCGCCAACCACAUCGUGGCACCAGAAUACGUUUUGAAGCCAAAUGUUGGCUCUGACAGAUCAUGGGUUUACGCAUGUACCGCUGAUGUUGCAGAAGGUGAAACACAGGCAUUGACUUUUGCCAUUAGAUUUGGUAGUAAGGAAAACGCUGACAAAUUCAAGGAAGAGUUUGAACAAGCACAGAAGUUGAACAAGAAAAACUGA